UCAGAGGUGCGCCCGUGCUCUUCAGCGGAGAAAAUCCCCUACCUGGCCUCUGGCCACUUUCUGUGGGCUCUGGGGUCCCCAAGGAGACGGCCCUUGGACUCGGGGCUGCGUUUCCAAACGCGCCUUUCCCAGGGCUCCCGUGCCCGCUCCUGCCUGGCCGCCAGCCGCUCCAACACCAGCACAAGGCGGGACUCAGAACAGGAAUUCAGGGCCGCCAGUGGCUGCGGGGCUCUGAGAGGGGCUCCAAAGACCGGGACAGGCCCCGGCGGGUGGGAGGCGCGCGCCCGGGGGACAGGCGGGGCUCCCCCUACCGGCCAGACCCGGGGAACGGCGCGCGGAGGCUGCGAAGGUUCCAGAAGGGCCGGGAGGGGGCGUCGCGCGCUGACCCUCAAAGGGCACCGCUGGCGACGAUGGCGCUGCUCGCCUUGCUGCUGGUCGUGGCCCUCCCGCGGGUGUGGACAGACGCCAACCUGACUGCGAGACAACGGGAUCCAGAGGACGCCAAGCAGACGGACGAGGGUGACAAUAGACUGUGGUGUCAUGUCUGUGAGAGAGAAAACACUUUCGAGUGCCAGAACCCAAGGAAGUGCAAAGAGACAGAGCCAUACUGCGUUAUAGCGGCCGUGAAAAUAUUUCCACGUUUUUUCAUGAUUUCGAAGCAGUGCUCCGCUAGUUGUGCAGCGAUUGAGAGACCCAAGCCAGAGGAGAAGCGGUUUCUCCUGGAAGAGCCCAUGCCCUUCUUUUACCUCAAGUGUUGUAAAGUUCGAUACUGCAAUUUAGAGGGGCCACCUAUCAACUCAUCAGUGUUCCGAGAAUAUGCUGGGAGCGUGGGUGAGAGCUGUGGUGGGCUGGGGCUGGCCAUCCUCCUGCUGCUGGCCUCCACUGCAGCCUGCCUCAGCCUGCCUUGAGCCAUGGGACUGCCAUGGGCUGAGCCUUCUGGAGCAUGGACUCACUCCAGACCGUUGUCACCUGUUGCAUUAAACUUGUUUUCUGUUGA